CUGACCGGACGUCUGCACACGUUUACGAGGUGUGCUUGAAUGUGUCAUGAGGGCGGAGUUAGCACAGCAGUGAGGUUUAGCCUAGCAGGAAAUACUGAGGCUAACCACCGCAGCGGUGGAAAACAAAAACCAGCCAACCCAGUUUUAGUUCCUUAUAGAUCUUUAGAUGUGAUAGUUGCUCAACAAGAAGCCUGUCGCCUGGAUUCCGGGAAUACUUAUUCACGGCGUGUCUACGUCUUCCUCGACUCUGGAAGGGGAGAGAUACCUCUUUGUAACUAAUACACCGGGAACUGGUCGGAUUUGGAAUUUCUUUCAACGGCUGUAAACGGUGCACCUCUGCUGAGCAACGGCCGUUUGGAAUCAGCUGGAUCAUCUACCUCUAUCUCCUGUGGCUCCUCCAGCCAGCAAGUGUCAGCGGGCCUUCUGGCUGCACACCGGUAUUGACAGGAUGAAAAGGUUCAGGCGGCACGGUCAAGAGUCCCAGAGGGAUCGGCUAAAACAGGAACUCUUCGCGUUUAAUAAGACAGUGGAGCAUGGAUUCCCCCACCAGCCCAGUGCUCUGGGCUACAGUCCCUCCUUGAAGCUGCUGGCCAUUGGCACUCGCUCCGGGGCUAUCAAACUAUAUGGAGCUCCAGGUGUGGAGUUCAUGGGGCUACAUGAUGAGAAUGCUGCUGUCACACAGGUGCACUUCAUGCCCCACCAGGUUGAGCUGGUUACUUUGCUGGAUGACAACAGUUUGCACAUGUGGACUCUAAGAGGACACAAUGGACUUUCGGAACUUCUUGAAAUAGGACGCUUCACGCUGACUGGACCACCUGGUGCCCCUCCAAGCGUGACCAGAGUGACAGCAGUACUGGCCCACUCCUCAGGUGAGCUGCUGCUGUUGGGGACAGAAGGUGGACAUGUAUUUGUAGUUGAAGUUCCAGGAUUCAGAGAGCUGGAAGAGAGGAACAUCAGCCUUGACCAAAUUGCCAGCAGCGUACCUGAUGACUACAUCGGUCGCAGAAAUCUAGAACACGUUGAGGCCUUACAAGAGAACCCGGUCGAUCCAGAUCAGGUCAUCAUUGGCUAUGGACGUGGCCUCAUGGUCAUCUGGGAUUUGGAGAAAAAACUUGCCAUCCAGCACAUUCCUGCCACACAGCAACUGGAGAGUGUGUGUUGGACUGAGGACGGAAAGUACAUUCUGAGUUCACACAGCGAUGGAAGCUAUUGUCGAUGGAUGGUGGGGGGGCAGGACACGAACGAGGAAGAGAAAUCAGACAUUCCUUAUGGACAUUUUCCCUGCAAGGCCAUUUCUAAAAUAGUUCAGCUCCCUACAGAAGAAGGGCCUCCAUUCCUGCUGUUCAGUGGUGGUAUGCCCAGGGCCAGUUAUGGGGACAGACACUGUAUUACAGUGAUCCAUGGUAAAAAACACGUGGCCUUGGACUUUACCUCCAGGAUCAUCGACUUCUUCGUCAUUAGAGAUGGACCGGAGCACACAGGAGAGCCCAGUGCCCUGGUUGUCCUGGUGGAGGAGGAGCUGGUAGUUAUUGACUUGCAGACUGAGGGCUGGCCCAUCAUACAGACUCCUUACUUGGUCCCCCUUCAUAGUUCAGCCAUAACAUGCUCACAUCAUGUCUCCACCAUUCCCCUCAAACUGUGGGAGAGGAUCUUCGCUGCUGGAAAGCAUCAGAAUGCACACUACUCAAAAAAGCCGUGGCCAGUAACAGGAGGUCAGAACCUGGCCCCAGAUCCUCCACAGAGAGAUCUGCUCCUCACGGGGCAUGAGGAUGGCACAGUUCGUUUCUGGGAUGCAUCAGGAGUCUGUCUCUAUCCCAUGUACAAGCUGAGCACAGCUGGAGUAUUCCACACAGAUGCUGACCCCAAUGACAACAUGAACCAAGGGACUGAAGGAGAAUGGCCUCCAUUUAGAAAGGUUGGCUGUUUUGACCCCUACAGUGAUGACCCAAGGCUUGGCAUCCAGAAGAUCCAUCUCUGCAAAUAUAGUGGUUAUCUGACUGUAGCUGGCACUGCGGGACAGAUCCUAAUGUUGGAGUUGAAUGACGAGGCAGCAGAGCAAACCGUGGAGGCUAAAGUUGUGGAUUUGCUGCAAGGUCAAGAAGGAUUUCGAUGGAAGGGCCACACUCAGCUGGAUAUCCAGGAAGACCCAGUGAUGUUUCCUGCAGGCUUCCAGCCCUUUGCUGUUGUCCAGUGCCAGCCCCCAGCUGUGGUCACUGCUCUCACACUGCACUCAGAGUGGAAGCUGAUAGCCUUUGGCACCAGUCAUGGGUUUGGGUUAUAUGACUACCAACAGAAGAACAGUGUCCUGAUCAAGUGCACACUAAACCCCAGCGAUCAGCUGGCCAUGGAGGGUCCUCUGUCCAGAGUGAAGAGCAUAAAGAAAUCCCUGCGACAAUCCUUUAGACGAAUCAGACGUAGCAGAGUCUCUCUAAGAAAACAACAUGUUAACACUGCUACUAAGCUCCAAGAGGCAAAUGCUCGUCUGGAGGCUGAAUUGGCAGAGAUGGAGCUGGCUCCCGUCCAGAGGAAAAUUGAAGCUCGCUCUUCAGACGACUCUUUCACUGGCCUAGUACGGACGCUCUACUUUGCUGACACCUUCCUCUCUGACAGUUCACAUAACACACCCUCCCUAUGGGCAGGGACCAAUGGUGGCUGUGUGUUUGCCUACAUGCUUCGCCUUCCUUCUGUCGAGCAUAGAGCAGAUGAGCCUGUCACAGCUCAACUAUCCAAGGAGAUUCAGCUGAUGCACCGCGCUCCUGUUGUUGGUAUUGUGGUGUUAGAUGGACAUGGGGCUCCUCUCCCUGAGCCCCUGGAGGUGGCUCACGACCUGGCUCGCGCACCUGAUAUGCAGGGCUCACACCACCUCCUGGUCGUGUCUGAGGAACAGUUUAAGGUUUUCACGCUGCCAAAAGUUAGUGCUAAGAUGAAAUUAAAGCUGACUGCUGUUGAUGGCUCUCGAGUGCGACGGGUAGGCAUGGCCUGGUUUGGCAGCAGUCGGACAGAGGACUAUGGUGAAAGCGGCUUGUUGGUCCUGACUAAUCAGGGCGAUGUUCACGUGGUGUCACUGCCACACGUCAAGAUGCAGGUACAUUACCCCUGCAUCCGCCGAGAGGACGUCAGUGGAAUCGCUUCUUGUGUUUUCACCAAGCACGGCCAAGGCUUCUACCUGAUCUCCCCGUCUGAGUUUGAAAGAUUCUCUUUGUCGACCCGCUGUGUUGUGGAGCCUCGUUGUCUGGUGGAGGCUCCACUUCAUUCUGGCUGCUCCAACCAACACCAGUCACAGCCAGAUGGAGCUUCAUCUACUCAUAGAGCCAAACAUGAUGGUGAGGAUGCAGAAAAUGCAGCUAAACAUGUUAUGGAGCAUGCUUUGCUGAAUGAUGAGAAAGUACUUCAGGAGAUCCAGAAGUCACUAGAAGGAGAUCAAAUGUCAUUCCUGGAGAAUAAUGUGAAAAGUGCUGUAGCGUGAGGAGCCUAUCUCAACAGCUGAGAGAACCGACAUGUUGAUAUGUCUAAAAUGGACCUAAGCAACAGAUCUUGCCUCCAUUUUAGCUGACACUACUGACACCUGACCCCUCUCCUCAAAGACUUACCCAUCCCGCCAUUUACUGAUGCUGCGCUCACACUGGCCCCUUCAUAGAGACACCAAUAGGCUCUUGUCAGAAGUGCUUUCUGAACAUCUAGGGCUUUGGCUCAGUAAUGGUGCAAAGAAUGUGAAGGAAGUGACACCACAUGUGCCUAAGGACCAUACACUGCUGCCAUAGCAUGGCCACACCCAUUUAAACCCAAAGCUGGAUGAGGCACAUUACUGGCGUGUGACCGGAUCCCUUCAAAUCAGCCUUCUACAUCUGACAUGGAAGCUACUGAGCUGUUUUGUUUGGUAUAAAACUGUUUGUUUAAAUUCACUUGAUGUUCUAAUGGCCUUUAUCACUACCAGCAUCACCAUCUAGUCACUGUACUCUGCUGUAUAUCUUACUGGCCUUCAUCUCCUCAUAGAGACAUGAAGAAGAAAUUUGGGGGAUGAUUUUAAAUAACAUUGAUAAAUAUUUUGUGUAGUUUAGAUUUGUGAUUUGUUGUAGGAAAGCCCAUUUCUACCUGCAAAAACAUGUUGUGUCCAAAAUUAUAAAGUGUUAAAUUAACAAGUUGCUGUAACAAAAACUUGACAAAUUCUUGAGACACUGAAACGCAGAGGAAACGCGCGUUUCAGUCUGAAUUAGGUGACACUAUUUUAAUUCGUUUGGGGUUCUUUGUUGGUUUUGUUUGUUUAUACAACAUUGAUGUAACACAAAUCAUGCGUUUUCACUUCAUGCAUAGUCUUUAUAUUUUUUCAUGUCUUAACUUUUUAAAUUUAUAUCGACAAAGUUGGCAUGAUUUUAACUUUUAGUGGUUUUUUUUUUUAUGUUAAUGAGCUUCCAUGCUAUUCAGAAAAUCAGUGGAACAUGUUCAGUAAUGCCUGAGAUGAUUGAUGUGUGUGCGUGUGUUAUUUUGACUUAUCAUUUAAUUAGCAUUACACAUUCUUUACACCACGCAUAGGUACUGAUGCACUACUGCAAUUUUUGUGCAUGUUCUGAUUUUAAUAUUUUGCUUUUGCAGGUAAUAAAUACUGUAAUUUAGGAAUGUAAUUAUAAACUAUUGUGCUGAAAUAUUUUUAAUAUAUAAAUGACUCUUUACCUGUGGAUCUGUUGUAACUGGGGUUGGCUGCUAUUUAGAUCACACAAGGAAAUAUUUUGGUACUAUCUCUCACAAUGCUGGGUGUUUUAGCAUCAGUCUAGAAUCUAUUUUUGUAGUGAAAGAACGCUAAUUUUUUUUAAAUAACUUUACACUACAGUUUUCUAGGAUAAAAUUGUUUUUUCAAAGAA